GUUUUCACUCACAGAUUCCAACGAUAACAAAAAAGUCUCUCGUUUAGACAUGGAAGAGGAAGACAGUGCAGUCGAUUCCUCUGCCUCUUCGGUGUCGUUUUGCCCCAGCUUCAACACCUACUCCUCCCCUAAACUAGUCGAUGAUAUAGCCGCCAGUGUUAGCCUAGAGAAACAAUACGAACUGCAGCAAAACGACGACGAAGAGGAUUUCGAGUUUGUUUCUAUCAAAAACCAUGCUGACGCUUGUGAGUUCUCCUUCGACGGUCAGAUCCGUCAGGUUUUUCCGGUCUUCAAUCAGGAUCCUUUGUUGGAUGCUGAUUAUCAUGACCAGAAGUUACUGCUGCCAAUGAAGAAUCUGUUUAUGGAGGAAGGUCCGUCGUCGUCUUCGUCGUCGGAUGCCGACGAACUUGAGGUAUUACCGGAGGAAACGUACUGUGUUCGGCUACCAAACAAAAACAACGCAGUUUCUCCUAACAGAUGCCAAAAGAGCAACUCGACUGGGACAUUGUCAUCGUCGAAGGUGGCUAGAUCAUCAAAAAGGUGGCUCAAGUUUCGCGAUUUUCUUAAACGAAGCAGCAGCGAAGGUGGAAAAGACUCGUACGCUGUUCUUAACAAAACAAAAAUAAAUUUUCCUCCGGAUUCGAAACUGAAACAGAGCAUGACUGACGCCAAAGCCACCGGUAAAACGAAGACUGUGUCAGCACACGAAGCGUUCUAUGUGAAAAACGCCAUGAAACAAGGCAACAAGAAGAAAUCAUAUUUACCAUACCGACAAAACCUACUCGGAUGUUUUUCACAUGUAAAGUUAACAGCUUAGGCAAAAGAUUUUCAGUAUUAUGAUAGAAUUCGAACUGAAGAAAUACAGUCAUGGAAUUUCAAGAGUUGAAGGGAAUGAAUUUUUCUUUUAUUAUUUUAUUAAUUCUAGUUGAGCUCAAUCCUAAAUAAAUCUUUUUCACUUAA